AUGAAUCACCAAGGCCAACGAAGCCUAUAUCGGGUAGGUAAGAGUGGUGAUCUGAAAACUCUUUUACUGGACAGCUUGAAUUGGAAGGAUAAAUUCAAGGAUUGGAAGAAAAAGGACUGCACCUGGGAAGACUACAUGGUUGAAACAUCAGUGGCUCAUCGAGUUUCAAAAUUUGAAAAAAUUGACAACGUUAAACGACCCGAGACUCCGAAUCCGCAUUGGGGACUUGUGUAUGAUGAAAACUACGAUGGUGCCCUUGUUGGCUGUGUUGGAACUUUUUUUGGAACGACGCGUUAUAAAAAUUGUCUUCCUGACAAAUUGCCGUAUCCAAUUGGUGGUAUCUCGUCUCAAAAAUACGAUCGAAUGACUAUGGUGUUACCUUCAGAAGCUGUUAAACUAUGGUAUCAAAGAAAGCCCUAUUACACAAAACCCAUGAACCAAGCCUUGUACACAUACCAAGUCAUUAUAGUGUUGACAACGCAAGAAGAGGAUGAGAAAAUUUUUGAAAAUCUCCCUGAAUACUAUGAACCUUUGGAAGGAGUUAACCCGUUUAUUUAUAAAAAUGGUAAUAAAUGGAUGACAAAUAACCUUCAGAAGUUCAGCUUUGGAGACAUUCAAAUUCAGUACAGUGUAAACUUGUUCGUUUUAAAAGGCCCGCCGAAAAGCUGGGUAGUUAAAUGGUCAAAGGAGGGUGUUGAGAAAAUGGAAAAGAAACUUGAUACAAGCUUCGACAUGAAUGAAAUGGCUAGAAAGACUAUAGCUUUAAAAGUCUUAAAGCAAUGGGCCGCUUACUUCAAGAUGAGAACAGCCAAAAAGCGUGAAGAAGAAAUGACCGAGCGAUUUGGAGCAAUGAAAGCAACC